AUGGAACUUGCUAGAAUAUCUUCAACGAAUAAUCCAUGGAAUAACAUAUUAAACAUUCAUGUUGAUAACGAAUUUACGGUAAUACCUAGUAGUUUGCCAGCCGCUAUUCAAACCGAACUGGAGAAUAAUGAAAACAUUGAUGAAAAAGUCGAAAAAAUUCGACGGGUUCUUAACAAUGG